AUGUUUGCACUAAUAUUGCACCAUUCACGAACAGGAGUAAACAACACUGAAGUUGGAAUGUGGGCAGAGAAGCUUGGAGCGCAGCUGGGGCGCCCGACCUGGUCCGUAGGAGGCUGGUUGGUCAGUAGGUUUUUCGUGAAGAGGAACAGGGUCUUGGAGGAGAGCGCAGUGAGGCUGUGUGGCAUUGAGCCUGGAGACACCGUCCUGGAGGUGGGACAUGGACCUGGGCUCGGCCUGCAGGCUGCUGCCAAACUGCUCACACAUCCCACUGGGACACUGAUAGGAGUGGACUACUCAGAGUACAUGCACAAUAAAGCUGAUGCGCUUUUGAAGGACCAUAUUACCAGUGAUCUGAGGAAAGCAACGUCGGAAUUACACCGUGUGAUGAAACCUGGGGCGUUAAUGGUGACCACUCUGAGGCUAUCAAUGGUGUCUUACAUGGCGUCAAAGCACUUCGGUUCAGUUUCCUCCCUCGCUCCUCUGUCAUCAACAGAGCCGAAUGGAGCGCCGUACCUGUCGCGAGAAGAAGGAUCGAUUACGUCAUUACGUAACGCUGGAGAGAAGAGCGAACUCCAAACAACUUCGAAAAUGCAGAGAAUCUCUCGUUUGAAGCGUGAACUUGAAAUGCUGAGCACCGAGCCUCCGCCAGGAAUAACGUGUUGGCAGACCGAGGACAACAUGAACGAACUGCGGGCGCAGAUAAUCGGCGGGUCGGGGUCUCCAUAUGAAGGCGGAAUAUUUUCAUUGGAAAUCAAAAUCCCUGAAAGAUAUCCAUUUGAACCUCCUAAUAUACGCUUCAUAACCCCCAUCUAUCAUCCGAAUAUCGACAACUGCGGACGGAUUUGCCACGAUGCUCUCAAACUCCCUCCCAAGGGAGCCUGGAAACCGUCCCUGAACAUCUCGACAGUUCUCACCUCUAUUCAGCUGCUUAUGGUUGAACCAAACCCUGAUGAUCCUUUAAUGGCGGAUAUUUCUGCUGAAUUCAAAUACAACAAACAACUUUUCUCUGAGAAAGCCAAGAAGUGGACACUUGAGCAUGCAUUUCACAAACACAAGAGUUCUUUGGAGAACAAAGACAAAGUUGAAGAACAGAAAACAUCACAUCGCAAGAGAGAGGCUUUCAGUGAACACAAUGCGGAGGAGGCUGCAAAGAAAACUCGUCUAUAG